AACAAUUUAAUCAUCAUAGAUAAAGACACGAGUCUCAGUUUAUCAACCGAUCGAUUGCAGCUUCCUCUGACCUUCAACCAUGGCCAAGAACAUCCUCAAAACUCCAGCACUUCUGCAGUACAUCCUUGAAACAAGUUCAUAUCCAAAAGAGCACGAACAAUUGAAGCAACUUAGAGAGACAACAAUUAUGAAAUACGGCAAAAUGAGUGUGAUGAAUGUGCCUUUGGAUGAAGCACAAUUCAUAUCUAUGCUUCUGAAAAUCAUGAAUGCUAACAAAACAUUGGAAAUUGGAGUCUUCACUGGUUAUUCUCUUCUUACUACAGCGCUUGCUCUUCCUCCUCACGGCAAGGUUAUUGGAAUUGAUAUGGAUCGGGAAUCGUAUGAGACGGGAUUGCCCUUCAUUCAGAAGGCAGAAGUUGAGCACAAAAUUGAUUUUAUCCAAAGUGAUGCAUUAUCAGGCCUCAACGCCCUUAUUGACGGCAAACACGAAGAGUCGUUUGAUUAUGCGUUUGUGGAUGCCGACAAGGAAAACUUCACAAAGUAUCAUGAGGUGUUGUUGAAAUUGGUGAGGAAGGGUGGAAUAAUUGCGUAUGACAAUACAUUAUGGUCCGGUUCCGUGGCGAUGUCUGAGGAUGAUGAAAUGGAAGAUAUCACAAAGCGAAAAAGAAAAAUUGCAAUUGAAUUCAACAACUAUAUUGCAAAUGAUACUCGCGUUGAGUCAACGAUUCUUUCUAUCGGGGACGGUGUAACUCUCUGCCGAGUUCUGUAAUAUCCAUCGAAGGAAGAAAGAAAUAAAAGCAGCGAUGUUGAUGAUUCGCGAAAGAUGUAUCUUAUUAAAACUAUGUGAUCAUGAUCAUAUACAUAGUUAUUUUCAAAUGUUCGAUUUUUGGAUUUCGCCUAAAGAAUUGUUAUUGACAUUUGCUGAUACAUCAGGAGCAAUAUUUGCGAUCUUCUUGUCAUGCUCCUUCUGUAUGCAAGAUAAAGCCGAGUUGUUGACAAUGUGAAAUGAAUCACAUUUUACAGUGUCUAUUGCAGAAGCUAUUUCGUUCA